AUGAAGCGCUCGUCCUCUGAUGCGGGCCUGGUGUCGCCCCGACGAGAUGAUCGUCAUCCCUCGACCGUCCCUGACGGACGACCUCCACCACCGAAGAUCUCCAAAGCCCGCGCCUGUGCGGAGUGCAAACGGCACAAGAUACGCUGCGAGUUCAAAUCGGGGGAAACAAGCUGCAACAAGUGCAUACGCAGCGGACUGAAAUGCAUCGUCAAUGAUUUCUCGCAAAAGUUUGUUGACGAUGAUGGCAUAUGGAAAUCACAGGCCGCAUCCACCAUCCAACAGCUUCAGGCAGCGGUUUCGCAUCUUCUUCGCCAUGAUGGCUUACCUGAGCUUUCAUCAUAUCCAACAGGCGAUGCGCAAAGUGGUCCAAGCCCAGUCGCGUCCCAUCAUGAACAUAGACCCUCGCUCGAUGGAUCGCAGUCGAUCUCUAAUCACACGAGUCAACACGGUCUGGGUGUCAUUAUGGACGUAACUCGGGAGCCAUCUCAAGAGCCAGACCUACAAGACCGAGAAUUGGUGCCGGCACCAAUGCGUAGUCUCUACGAAGUUACUAAACUGCGUAACUUACGGAGCAAUCUUAUCGAACAACCUAAGUUAACCCUGCUAGAGGAGGACUUCAUUUCACGGGGAGUCCUCUCUGUUCAUGAGGCUGAAGAGCUGUUUGCAUAUUUUAGCCGGACAAUGAAUCAGCUGCUCUGGGGAGGGAUCAUCUUGGUGCAUCGGGACCUCACCUCAGUGCGACGAGCAUCGACGUUGUUGUCUGCGGCAGUUCUCACCGUCGCUGCACUUCAUAUCCCCAAUCGUACUGAAACUUUAAACCGAUGCUACCAUGAAUAUGUUUCUCUUGUAUCCAGCAUGUCCCUGACGCGGGCUCACACGCUAGAUGAUGUCCGUGGUCUUUGCGUCGGAGCGUUUUGGCUAUCAGAAUUGAGCUGGAAGCUUUCUGGACAUGCUGUUCGUAUUGCCACGGAGCUUGGUUUGCAUCAGAGCUAUCAAAAAAUGAUCCGGGGCCAUAGUGACCAGUACGAGCGCGCACAGCUCUGGUAUUUACUCUAUGUCUGCGAUCAUCAUUUCAGUAUUGCAUAUGGCCGACCUCCGGUCAUACACGAAGAUGCAGCCAUCAAGAACUACGAAACCUUUCUGCAGUCUCCCAUGGUUGUACCUGGCGAUAUCCGACUGCUGGCACAGGUGGCUUUGUUCAUGAUCCUGACAGAGGCCUAUCGCAUGUUUGGGAGCGACACUGAGCAGGCCCUUAUAGAGGAGGACUUCGGUCAAUUACGAGUCUACAAUGUGGCGGUUGAUCAAUGGCGACUUCUUUGGCAGCCGCGAUCAGCCGAUAGCCCUUACGUGCGGACGUACCCUUCGAAGGGAGUUGUGCUACACUACCAUUUUGCAAAAUUUCAGUUAAACUCACUCUCCCUUCGUGCCCUGUCGCCGUCCAACACACCUGUCUUCUCCAUGGACCGCAAAGAGUCCGCUAAUAUCGCUAUCUCGUCCGCCAUGGCCUGCCUAAAUAUGGUGCUCGAAGAGCCGGACAUUCGGGACGCCAUAGUGGGUGUUCCAAUCUUUACGCAUACGAUGGUCACCUUUUCAGCAGUUUUUCUUUUGAAGGUCGCGGUCAACUGGAAUUCGGCCUAUCUGAGCCUAGAUGGACGUGAGGUGCGGCGGUUAGUGGAACGCGUCAUCGAACUGUUGAACUGCGUUUCUGCAGGGGAGAGGCAUCUGACGAGGCAUAUUGCGCGGGGCUUGGGAAAGAUGCUGGAUCGCUUUGAUUCUUGGGAGACGGCGUGGCAAGGUGGACCGCCAGCUGGAGGACCGGCGGAGCGAAGUAGUAGCGAAGUUCCAGGCGGCGCAAAUGCCAUGGCACAAGGAUUUCCACCGCCAGACCUGAUCUAUGACAUGGUGGGCACAUACGGAUUUGGACUGGAUGAAAAUUUGCUGGACCCAAGCAUGGCCAACUUUGAGUUUUUGGCGCACUGA